AAUAAUAAUUAGAAAAAGCUUUUGUGAUGGCUGCUUCCUCAAUUAAACAACCUUCCCUCUUAUUCUCUGUGCUUGUUCUUGUCGUUUUCUUGGUUUCUCAUCCAGUUUACAGUGAUGAUGAGGAAGAUCAUCUUCUUCAAGGGCUCAACAGCUUCAGGACGUCGGCGAACCUCUCGGAAUUCGCCAAGAACAAAAACGCUAACUGCGUCGCCAAGAAGAUCGCCGGCGACAUGGACGACGACGGCAACCAGCUAUGCACGAACCCCAGCAAUUCACGAGACAGCAACGGAACCAGAUUAACGGACUAUCCGAAGGCCAUAUCGAAGUGCAACAUCGAUACCAACACCGCGAGCGGCGUGGUGGUGCUGCCCGUUUGCGUGCCGCAUCUGGUUCCGACGCUCGUACUUACCAACUUCACUCGGACCCAUUACUCCAGAUUCAUCAACGAUUCGAGCUUCACCGGGAUCGGUCUCGGUUCCGAAGAUGAUUGGAUGGUGGUUGUUCUUGCUUCCAACACCCCACCUGGGAGCCUAGCCAAUGGAGCUUAUUCUUAUGGAAAGCUUGGGUUAAGUUAUUACAUUGUAUUUUUGUUGUUGGGUUUUGUUAAUCGUCUUAAUUUGGCGUGAAAAUGGUUGGAUUUCUUUGUUAUU